UUACGAGCUGUCAAACACGUGCUCAACUUAUAGGUUAUAUACAAAUUAUAACAUUUUGAAUUACAUUUGAUCGAAGUUAUUUUAAUGAAAAAUAAUAUUUAUUAUGUAAAUAUCACAAUACUGGUGGCAUAGAAAACAAUUAAGUUAUGAAUAAGUGUGACGAACGUGCCAAAAGAGUCUAGAAAAUAAUUUAAAUAAAUAUCGCAAGAUAGUGAUUGAUUUCUCUCUAUUGAGAGCCUUGCAAAAUAAAAUAUUCAUUCAUUCGAUUGAAAAAUGUCACUCUCGGCAAAAUUUAUUCAACAUUUGAAAAAUAAAGAAACAAAAACAUGUCGUAAAAAAUUAUCCGAAUGCAAUGUUAAUCAAACAAAUGAUUGGGAUAGAGAUUUAAUUUCUCGUUGGACAUCAAAUUCAUGUCUUGAAUGUCAUGAUAAAGAAUGUAAAUUACAGAAUAUUUUAACAUUGGAGAAUCUUCAAUUGGGAAGUAGUUCAUCCUAUGAAGUUAAAGAAUUUGUCAUUCGCUCAUUAACAGAAAUAUUAUGUAAUAAAUCAUUAAUCAACGAUGCAUUAAAAAAUGAAACGACAGCAUUUUUCGAAAAUAUUUUUCACGGUUGCAAUUGGUUUAUAUCCAAUCUUGAAAUGCAGUGUUAUUUUAAAAGUAAUAUAAAACAUCUUACAUUAUUUGUAAAAUCAUUUUUAGAAUUUUUAAUUGAUAUUUUUAAAUCUACCAAUGAAAUUAUUAAAUUAAAUGCACAAUGUUCUUUAUCACUUAUAAUUGAUUCGUAUCUUGUAAUUUAUAAACAAUUUCCCGAUAAAGAAUUAUUUUCAAUGGAAUUUUUGAACAAUAUUCUUCUCAUUUUUUGUAAUUUAAUGAAAUUUGAAAAUUUGAAAAUUCAAUCAGAUUUAUAUCGAUGCGUUGAAAUUUUGUUAUUUACCAAAAAUUUCUUACCGCAAUAUAAAAAAUUCAAUAAUGAAAAUGAAGGAAUUCCGGCAACACUUUUUUCCACCCUCGAGAAAAUUGCAAAUAUCGAUUUGAAAACUGCUUUUAUAAUAUUUGAUGUGAUUUUUCGCGUUGCUGUAAAAUCGUACGAAUCUGAUGUUAAAGUAUUGGAUGUGAUAUUUCGAAAUAUUGUCAAAAGUGCAAAUAGAGAAAAAUUGAUAAUUAAAAAAUUACUCGAUUGUUUAAUUGGAAUUCAUUUGAAUUUAGAUAAUCAAAUUGAUGAUUUAAAAUUAUCCGAUUAUUUAGUUACUUUUAUUGAUGAAAUUUUGAAAAAAGAACAAUUUGAAAGUCUCGAUUAUGAUUUAAUAAUUGGAAUUUUAAAUAUACAUCCUUUUAUAAUGGAAAAGAAUUUUGAGAAUAUUUUAAUAAAACUUCUACCGAAAUAUUUGAAUGUUUCUGAAUCUUCUUAUUGUACUUUCUUUGUAACAAUUUUGAAAGUCAGUGUUUCUCUUCGUAGAGAACAUAAAUUAAUUUCCCUAUUGUUAACAGCAACUAAAUCUGUAAUAUCUAAAAAUUCUGAAGCAGAAAUUUUGAUUCCCUUACCCAAGGAAUUCUUAAUAAAAUUUAUGGAAUCUCUUGAUAAUACAACUAUUUCACAAACUACAACAAUUUUAAGGUCUUUGAUAUAUUAUUUAAAACCAUAUUGUGAAGAUGAUUUAUUUUCAAAUUCAACUUUUACAAUGUUGGAAGUAAUUUUUCAAUUAUUAAUUUCAUUUAUGAAGGGAAUCAAAAUUUUCGACUGUAUCAGAAAUGUGAAUACACAGGAGAAAUUUUGCGACGAUCUCAUUGAAUUGGGAAACCAAUUUUCCUUCUUGAGUAAUAAAAUAUCGAACAAUAGAGUCAUUUUUAGUUUUGUAAAUGCUUGUCAAGCUUGGAAUGAUGUUUGUAAUUUAAUAAUGCACUAUGUUCCUUCUUCAAUUUCGGAAAAAUUGUCAAAUCGUGUUUCAGCGAAAAAAUGGAUAAAAUUACUUGAAAAAAUUGAAAGUAUAGCUGAUGAAAAUGACAAUUUAGAAUUUUCACAAAGUUUACUAAUGAAUUUGACGGAUGAAGAAAAAAUAAUUGAGACUUUAAAUUGUCAAUCGCCAUUUUGGAUUUCUGUUAUUCAAAAUAAUUCGGAAAUGCUUUCGAAUUUAACUGAUCAACAAUUAUUUGAAUUCGCCGAUAUUGUAGUUUCUAGUGUUGUAAAUAAUUCGGAUAAUUGGAAAAAAUGGGAUAAAUGUAAAGAUAAUGUUAAAUUUAUUUCGGCUAUAGUUAAACAAGUAUUGAUAAAAUGUGAAAAUAAUAUAAAAUCCGAAACAACAAAACAAUUUGUUGAUAAAAUUACACGUGAUUUUAAAUGGAAAAAAAUAAUUCAAAAAAUUCAAAAGAAUAAUUUAAUGUCUGAUGGUGUGGAAUUUUUGAAAAAUACCAAAUCCAAGGACUGUAAAGUUAUGAAAGAAUUUUUGAAAAUUCUCUCAUCGAUGCAUUUAUCUCAUUUACAUCAUGAUAUAAGAAUUGUUCUAUUUAUUUUAAUUUCUUCGAUUGUCACGGAAUUUUCUCACGAUAUUGAAAUAGCGGAAAAAUGCAAUGAAAUUUUAUUGGAUCUUCUCCAGGAGAACGAUAUCAAUAUAUUUCAAUUUCCCAAUUUGCAAAUAUUACGCGAGAAUUCACUUGGUAAUGAUGUUUUGUCACUUAUUUUUGAAUUGCCACUUAAAAACGAUUCGUUUAAUUUGUUAAUUAAUUAUCUCGAUUCAAAUGAUGUCAGCGAUAAUGUAAAAAUUAUUUUAUUAAAUAUUAUUUUAAAAACAAAAUUACAUAGAAAAUCGGAAGAUACACAAUUGUUAAAAAAAUUAAUUGAAAAAUGGAAAAAUAAUUUAUCGAUUAAAAAUGACAAAAUUUACAGUAGUAUUGAAUUAGUGAUGUUGAUUUUUUCAUUGAAAGAUGCGAUUAUUAAUAGAAAUAUUAGUGAUGAAUUGAAAGAAACGACAAAUCAAAUAUUAAAGGAAAUUUUUGAGAAAAAUGCAACAAAAAUUAACGACGAUUGUGUACAACUUUUAGAAUUAGUUUUAAGAAAUCGUUCCUUUUUGGAAAUCACUAAUGAGAAUAUUACUUUAAUAUGUAAAGCAAUUUUAUCAAAUCCCAAUGAAAAUGUUUUGCGACCUUUUUUGGAAACAUUAAAUUCCGAAGAAUUUAAUGUACUUUUAAAAAGUCUACAAAAACAGACAGUAAAUUCAUUCGAAGAUGAUAAUGAAAAUGAAUUGAAAAAAUGUCUCUUAAUUUGGGAAUAUAUUAUUAUAAUUGAAAUGGCAUCGGCACGUAAUAAUAUUCGUUUAGCGGCGAUAAAUAAUUUAUUAUUUUCAUCAGACGAAAGUUGUAUUUCAACGAGACAUUGGUUGUGUUUAAUAAAAUUGUUUGAGACAAUUGUAAGCUCAAAAUUCAUUCAAAUUACAGGGCAAAUUAUUGAUUUGAUUCUAGUAUCAUGUAUGAAAUGUAUAAAACGAGUGGGUGUUGUUGCAUGUCGUGAAAUUGUGAUUUUAUAUACAAUGAUUGUGAAAUUAAGGACGAACUUUGUAAAGGACAAAUUAUGGUCGUUAGUUCAAUUAAACAGUGAAAUUAUACGAUCAUUAAGUGAUGAGAGGGGAAAAUUAAAUUGUUUAAAUUAUCAAUAUCAACUUGAGUGUUUAAUACUCGAUAUGGAGAAAUUUGUUAUUUCUUUAAAGAAAUUUGGCGAUAGUGUUUUGGAAAUUUAUCCCUAUAUGUUGACUGAUUUAGUUGAAUGGUAUUGUCAUCAAUUAUUGCCAAAGAAUUUAAAAAAUCAUUUAGAACUCAUAAUACAACGUCUCUUAAGUAAUUGUGAACAUGAAAAAAUUGAAUUUCUAAAUCGAACAAUGCCUGUGGCUACGCAAAAAAUAUUUAAAGAACUUGUAACAAUGUAUAGGAAACAUUAUAAAUUUACUGGAAAAAUUUAGAAUAUUUUCAUAGGAAUUAAUUUAGUUAUUAAAAAAGAAAAAUACAUUGAAUGAAAAGUAUAUUUUUUAAUUAAUACAAAUCUUUUUUUCCAAAUUAAA